AUGCGAUGCAGGUGUGAGCCUACCCGUCUCGUACUCGCCCCCGCUCGAACACGAGCACGAGCACGACGAUCUGUGGUUUCUCCCCACUCCGUCACGACCGCGCUCGCUUCCCCACUAUGGACGAGCGGUCGCUCACCCACCGUCACGGCGACGACGACGACGACGACGACGACGACGACGACGCGACGAGCUACGACCGCGUUCGGGACUGCACCCAGCCCCGUUUCGAGUAGGCGUUUGAGUACGGUCCAACAGUUCAGGACCGCGAAUGGGAAUAUCAAGGUUGACCUCGUGAGUCGGAGAAAGCUUCUUGCGCCGCGGACGACGGGCCACAUGAGAUGAAGACGGACAUCCCGAGGCGUGAAAGGUGGCGUGGGCUUCGAGGGGCUGCAAGGUCGGACCAAAUCGUACAUCCAGAACAAUCCGGUCGAACGUACACGGUGGCGACACUCGAUGGGCCCCCUCCGCGAGACCAGAGCUCGCCUCACCCUCGCCUCGCCUCGCCUCGCCUCCCCCACGUCCCGCUUGGACUAACCUCGACCAUGCGCAUGCUCUGACCGGAGCAGCAAACCCGGUCCUUCAUCUCUCAUGAGCUGAUCAACUUCUCUUCGUCUCCCCUCCUCCUUCGCCGUCAUCAGAAAAACAAGCACACGAUCGGCAUCGCCCAGUCCCGAGGAGAAAGGCCGUACGUCCCCACGGAGAAACUCCCUCAGGACGUCGACCACCUCAAGUCCCCGGUACUCACAUCAUAUCAUUAUUCUUCCGCGAUCAGAUACCAAGAAGAUGCCUACUCGGUCGCUUCGUUGGGUCUACCGCAGCAGGCACUCAAGAGGAAUUUACUCAAUGUCAAACAAGGUCCGUUGCCGCAGUUCGGUACCGUGGUCAAUCGAGUGGAGAGCAGACCUAAUCCAGCCCAUGUUCGACUGUUUCCCAGGUGCGGGCUGGAAUAACGAUACGUUGGAAGGAUUCGCCAAGGAGAACGAGGAAGGGCAAGAACGGUUACGACAAGUCGCCUGCUUCGGAGUAUUCGAUGGGUAAGCUAACAGGCUGCGCAAACCCGUCCCAAAAAACCUCCCCGAAACCUGAACCCCUCCCCAUCCACUUCACCUCCCGCAGCCACGGCGGCAAUCAAGUCGCCAAGUACCUCGAAGCCCACCUCGCGAAACGUUUAGAAGACUGUUCCGUAUCCGACAUCACGCCGACCAUAUCCAAAUACCGUGCACUAGGAGGUUAUCUCCGUCGAUACCGCGGUGGUAUUCUAGAUCGAUUCCGACCCAACGCUGGGUCCAACAUCAUUGAGAUUGAUCCGAAAGCGAAAACACCUUCCGUCGAAUCGACAACUGCAGUCACUGCGGCUGCGGCUGCGUUGGUGGAUUCGAACGAACUCAAGUUGGGUUUGGACGAUAUGUGCGUUCUCACGUUCCUCAUGAUCGAUAAUGAGAUCUUGGCGGACAAGACCAAAGCCAAAGUUGGAUCCGUGGCCACAGUAGCCUUAUUACAUUCGCUCGACCUCCCCCACGCUCUACCUUUUUACGCCUCUCAACACCUCAGUCUCACCAUCGCCCAUUUAGGCGAUACGCGCGCGAUCCUCGCUUCCUCCUCCUCAGGUCGAGCCAAAGCGCUCACAGAAACCCACCACGCCGAUUCGCGUAUCGAAUCCGAACGAUUGCGUCAAUCGGGAACGGGUCUCGUCACCGAUUCGUUCGGUGAAUCACGUUGGGGAGGUACGUUGGCGAACACGCGAGGUUUGGGCGAUGGCGAAUUCAAAACUUUGGGCGUGAUAGGUGAACCGGAAGUUCAUUCGAUCGUUCUCAAAGCCGCCGAAUGGAGUUUCCUCGUACUCGUUUCGGACGGAGUGACGGACGUCAUGUCCGAUCAAGAGAUCGUUGAUCUCGUACGUGGAGUCAAGGAUCCACACGAAGCGGCGAAGAGGAUCGUAGGCUUUGCGGAGGAAGUCGGCGCAGAGGAUAAUUUGACCUGUUUGGUGGUACCGCUUUUGGGAUGGGGGAAGAUGGGUGGCGUCGACGUGAGUGCUUCGAGGAGGGAGUAUAGGUUGGGUCAAGCGCAAGGGACUAGUAGUCGGCAAAAGAGAAUGUAG